GCUCAGAAGCCGCGAGCGGAUAUCCAGAAAGCUUUUGAUCAGUUCCUGAAGGACUUCGGAAAGGACUAUGACAAUGUGGAGAAGCAGGCCCGCUUUGGCGCCUUUGCGGACAACUAUGAGUACAUCCAGAGGGAGAAUGCCAAGGGCCUCUCCUACAAGCUGGGCUUGAACCAGUUCUCGGACAUGACUUUGGAUGAGUUCAAGAUGAACAAGCUUGGGCUGCAGCUGCCCAACUCUGUGUGGGGAACCCUGGCGAGCUUGGGCACGCACAAGGCAGGCAACGGCACCCUUCCCAGCUCUGUGGACUGGCGCAACAAGAAUGCCGUGACUCCAGUGAAGAAUCAGGAGCAGUGCGGAUCUUGCUGGGCUUUCAGCACCACUGGAGCUUUGGAGGGCGCCUGGGCCAUUGCCACUGGCAAGCUCGUGUCCCUCUCCGAGCAACAGCUGGUGGACUGCUCCAAGAAGUUCGGCAACGAGGGCUGCAGCGGAGGCCUCAUGGACAAUGGCUUCAAGUAUGAGGAGCAGGCCCCGGUGUGCACGGAGGAGAGCUACCCAUACGUGGCCAAGAACGGCAUCUGCAAGGCCUCCGGCUGCACGGUGGGCAUCCCUGCGCACGGCGUCACAGGCUACAAGGAUGUGCAGGCCGACGACGAGCAGUCCCUGAUGGACGCCGUCUCUAAGCAGCCCGUGUCCGUGGCCAUCGAGGCUGACCAGAUGGCGUUCCAGCUGUACAAGAGUGGCGUUCUCAGCAAGACCUGUGGCACCAAGUUGGACCACGGUGUGCUGGUCGUAGGCUACGGCACGGAGGACGGCAAGGACUACUGGCUGGUGAAGAACAGCUGGGGAGCUACCUGGGGCGAGGAGGGCUACGUGAAGCUCGAGCGCGGCAAGCCGGGAGCCGGCGAGUGCGGCGUCAAGAGCCAGGCGUCCUAUCCCAUCGUGUCCGGCAAGCCAGGCCCAUCUCCCUCCCCGCCUUCUCCGCCAUCUCCUCCGUCUCCUCCUACCCCCAGCAAGAGCCAUUACGAGAAGCCUCCAUGCCAGAGCGACGAGACCCAAGCUGAGGUGGAGGGUGCCGGCGGCAGCGUGUGCGCCCCCAAGUGCGACACAGGCUCUUGCCCAACCGACGUGCCGGAGGGCACUACCGCAAGGCCCAUGUGCAUCCUGCAGGACUCCAGCACUGGGGACAAGUACUGUGCCCUCGCGUGCAUCUUGGGAGGCUGCCCCAGUGGCUCCAAGUGCGUGCACCUUUCCAGCCUGUUGGGUGUCUGCAUCUACCCUGACUCUGAAUCCAGCAUGAAGCUUGGAGUUGCACCAGACACCAGCGAGAUCACCGUCUGA